AUGCAAUUAGGACAACGAGCUGGUCAAACAGUAUUUAAAGAUUUACUUGAAUCAGAUACAGUCAAUAUUGAAAAAUUAAAACAAUAUGUUCAAAAGCAAUCUAUUGUUACUGAAUUUAAACCACUCUGUUGGAAAAUUCUAUUAGAUAUUAAAUCCCCAUAUCGUGCGACACGUCGAUAUGUUGAUCAAGCUAAUUGUGACAUAUAUAAACGUCUUCAUUCAACAUUAACAACUUGUCAAAUAAUUCAAAAUGAUACAUCGAUUUCCCAACAAUUUCUUUCAAUGUAUUUACUUGAUUCACAUGCAAUAAAAAUACCUAUUACUUCUACGAAAGAAUAUGAAUCAUUUCUAUCAACUGCUAAUUUUAUUUGUUCAUUUCUUGAUAAUGAUAACGAACAACGAUUAGAUGUAAUUGCUGAAUGUUGGUUUAUGACUUGUAAAAUGUAUGAUAAAUUUAUUCAUCUAACUCGACGUAUAGCUUUUCUUCGAUAUCAUGUUGGUAAAAUUGCUCAACAAGAAUUUGUUUAUGAAUCGAAAUUAUUACUUCAUUUAAAUACACAUAAUAUAUUUGUAUCUAUACCAGAGAAUUGGCUUAAAGAUGGUUUUCAAUUAAUAAGAGAUGAUUUUUCAUUAUUAAAUAUUUGGGAAAAAUUUAUUGCUGGUAGUGAAUAUAUAUUUGUUUUUUUAACAAUUCAUAUUCUUCAUUAUUGUCGUGGAAAAUUGCUUAGUUUAUAUUCAACAAAAGAAAUUAUACAAUAUCUUAUUGAUCUCAAGAUUGAUGAUCAAGCAGCUUGUGAACAUAUAGCCAUAGCAUCAGUUGCAUCAUGGAAAAAACAAGGUAAUUCAUUACUCAGUUUUCCUGCUAUUCCAUAA